AUGCUACCUCAGCCAUCUCCAGAUUGUGACAGAUGCUCAGUGAUAUCAGGAGAGUGCCCCCAUUAUCAUUAUAGUUGUGAUGACAGAGGUUGGGGUUGUGGAUACAGGACUAUUCAGACCAUGGCUUCAUGGUUGAGUUUUAAUCAACCUCUCAGUGUGAGCCACAGACACCCACCUAAUCUUUCUGAAAUACAACAAACUUUGGUAGAAAUAGGGGACAAACCUGAUGCAUUCCUUGGAUCCAGGGAGUGGAUUGGGACAUUUGAGGCAAGUCUUGUUCUUGACCAGCUCUAUGAUGUUCCCUGCCGCAUAGUGCAUGUGCGGUAUGGCAAGGAGAUUGAUCAAGCCCUAAAAGAUGUUCAUGACCACUUCCUUAUCCAUGGGUCACCUGUUAUGAUGGGAGGAAACAGAGACAAUUCCUCUAAGGGCAUCUUAAGUGUGUGCACUGGUAAACGGGGGAGUUAUUUGCUUGUUAUGGACCCUCAUUACUUCGGCUGUCCCUUGGAUAAAAAGUCAGCGCAAAGUCAAGGUUGGGUUUCAUGGAAAGCAGUUGGUUCUUUGGAUCAGUGCUCUUUCUACAAUCUUUGUCUCCCUCUUACUGCUAAGAAGUGA